AUGGCGUCAGCACCGCCUCUCACGGGCAUCAAGGUCCUCGAGUUCGCCGGCCUCGCGCCUGGCCCCUUUGCGGGCAUGCUCCUUGCCGACGCGGGCGCAUCCGUCCUCCGCAUCGACCGCGCCAUCCCCGACAAGACACACCACCCGUCACACCCUCCACCGCCCACGGGCGACUUGCUCGUGCGGCACAAGACCUCUGUGGCCGUCAAUCUCAAGGAUCCCGCCGGCGUCGCCCUCGUCAAGCGUCUCGCCGCCCAGUCUGACGUCCUCAUCGACCCCUUCCGUCCAGGCGUCCUCGAGAAGCUCGGGCUCGGCCCAGACGUCCUGCUCGCCCUCCAUCCGGGCCUCAUCUACGGUCGCAUGACGGGGUUCCGUCGAGACGGACGGUACAAGGACAUGGCCGGCCACGAUAUCAACUACCUCGCCGUGUCCGGUGCCCUUAACCUCCUCGGUAGAGACGGCGAGAAGCCCCAUCCGCCCUGGAACAUCCUCGCUGACUUCGCCGGUGGCGGCGCCAUGCUCUUCCAAGGCGUCCUCCUCGCCCUCGCCGCGCGUCACGCCUCGGGGCGAGGCCAGGUCGUCGAGGCCAACAUGGUCGACGGCGCGUCGUACCUGGCCACGUUCCCCCGGAUGGCGCUCAAGACACCAUUCGGCGACAAGGGGCGUGGCAGGAACAUGCUCGACGGCGGCUGUCCGUGGUACGACACCUACGAGACCAAGGAUGGCGGGUACAUGUCCGUUGGCGCGCUGGAGCCGCACUUCUUCGCCAUCCUGAUGAAGGGCCUCGGUCUGGACGGGCAGGGGUGGGAAGAGAGCCGAGUCGACGAGAGCCGGUGGCCUGAACUCAAGGCCCUGUAUGAGAAGACGUUUAAGAGCAAGACACGAAAGGAGUGGGAGGACAUCUUUGACGGCACGGAUGCCUGCUGCACGCCUGUCCUGGGCUACCACGAGUUGGAGACGCAGUCGGGGCGCGAGGGCGAUCAGAGACCGGCCGUGACCUUGCGAGGCACGCCUUGCCUGGCGGUGCAUCAGAAGUCUGACCCCAGUGGCGCGCGGGGACAGGGUAAAGGUGUCGAGGGAGGUGGCUACACGGGCUUCGCGCUGGGUGCGGGUGAAGGAGGCGAGGAGACGCUCAAACAAUGGGCUGGAUGGGUGCGCGGACGGGAGUAUGAUGUGGAAAAGGGCGGUCUGGUGCUCAAGGGUAAAGCUCGCCUGUAA